GCCGCGGGUUUCAGCCAAUGGAGAGCUUGGCAGGGAGGUCACGUGCCGCUGUUUGGCGCUUUUGUGCGCGCCCGAGUCUGUUGGUGCUCAGAGUGUGGCCAGGCGGCUCGGACCGAGCAGGGUUUUCCUUGCCAGUGGAUUGUGUAGAAUACACUGCCAGUCUCUUGUCUUCUGUUCACCAUGGCUUCUUCUGAUAUCCAGGUGAAAGAACUGGAGAAGCGUGCUUCAGGCCAGGCUUUUGAGCUGAUUCUCAGCCCUCGAUCAAAAGAAUCCGUCCCAGAAUUCCCCCUUUCCCCUCCAAAGAAGAAGGAUCUUUCCCUGGAGGAAAUUCAGAAGAAAUUAGAAGCUGCAGAAGAAAGACGCAAGUCCCAUGAAGCCGAGGUCUUGAAGCAGCUGGCUGAGAAGCGGGAGCACGAGAAAGAGGUGCUUCAGAAAGCCAUAGAGGAGAACAACAACUUCAGUAAGAUGGCGGAAGAAAAGCUGACCCACAAAAUGGAGGCCAACAAAGAGAACCGAGAGGCCCAGAUGGCCGCCAAACUGGAGCGCUUGCGGGAGAAGGACAAGCACAUUGAGGAAGUGCGGAAGAACAAGGAAUCCAAAGACCCUGCUGAUGAAACUGACGCUGACUAAUUUGUUCUGAGAACUGACUUUCUCCCCUUCCCCUUCCCAAAUAUCCAAAGACUGUACUGGCCAGUGUCAUUUUAUUUUUGCCCUCCUGACAAAUCUUCUAGAAGCUGAUGUAGGACUGUAUAGGUAGAUCCAGAUUGUAUGAUGUUGUUUUCGGGCCUAAAGGGGAGAAACGGAAAGUGUUGUACUCUUUUUCUAAAGUGUUGAAGUCUUUCUAAUGUAGCUACUUUUUCUCGUUGCAUCUUUUCUACUUCAGUGCACCUGGCGUACUGGGUUAACGGCUAGUACUGUAUUGGCUCUGUGAAAACAUGUUCGUGAAAAGAGUAUGUAGUGGCUUCUUUCAAAUUGUUAGAUGCUGAAUAUCUGUUCACUUUUAAAUCCCAAUUCUGUCCCAAUCUUACCAGAUGCUACUGUACUUGAAUGGUUAAUAAAACUGCACAGUGCUGUUGGUGGCAGUGA